ACCCCUCGCCACGGUGCACACUCACGGCGUUAUGCUGCCACUGGCUAGAUCCUGGGUGGACUACCCCCCUAGCAUGCAGCCUGUUCCAGGCUGUCUAGACGCUCUAGGAAUGAUUCCACCUCCUGAGAAUGUCAGAAUGAAUUCAGUUAAUUUCAAGAACAUUCUACAGUGGGAGGUACCUGCUUUCCCCAAAGAGAACCUGACUUUCACAGCUCAAUAUGAAAGUUACCGGUGCUUCCAAGACCGCUGCAAGAACACGGCCUCCACCCACUGCGACUUCUCGGUUCUUUCUAAAUAUGGAGACCACACCGUGAGGGUCAGGACUGAGCUUGCAGAUGAACAUUCGGAGUGGGUAAACGUCACCUUCUGUCCCAUGGAAGACACCAUUAUCGGACCUCCUGAGAUGCAGACAGAAUCCCUUGCUGAUUCGAUACACAUGCGUUUCUCAGCCCCACAAAUUGAGAAUGAGCCUGAGACAUGGACCAUGAAGAACAUUUAUAACUCAUGGGCUUACAGAGUACAAUACUGGAAAAACGGGACUAAGGAGAAGUUUCAAGUCACAUCUCAGUAUGACUCUGAGGUCCUCAGAGACCUGGAGCCAUGGACAACUUACUGCAUUCAAGUUCAAGGGUUUCUUCUCGACCAGAACAGAACGGGAGAGUGGAGCAAACCCGUCUGUGAAUGGACAACCAGUGAUGCAGAAACAACCCCUCCCUGGAUCGUGGCCAUCAUCCUUAUAGCCUCCGUCUUGAUAGUCUUUCUCUUCCUACUGGGCUGCUUCAGCUUGCUGUGGUUCAUUUACAAGAAGACCAAGUACACCUUCCAUUCUGGGACGUCUCUUCCACAGCACCUCAAGGAGUUUCUGAGUCACCCCCAUCACAGCACUUUUCUGCUGUUCUCCUUCCCUCCCCCUGACGAAACCGAAGUGUUCGACAAACUGAGCAUCAUCACGGAAGAGUCUAAAAGCAGCAAGCAGAAUCCUGAAGACAGCCGUGCCUCGGAACCCCUGUCUGAGGCAGGACCUCAGGAGCUGGAGUCCAAGGAUGAAAUCCCCUCACCUCCACAGGAUGACCCUCCACUGCUCACAUCUACCUCAGAAGUGUGACCAGAGGAUCACUUGAGAAAACUCCAAAUCUGGAACUUUCUGAUGCUGGAAAACCAAACCAAAGAACCAGAUUUUAACGACUCAAAUAACACAUUCUGCAUUUGGGAAUUUGCUGCUUUAUAAAGACUAAUAAUUUAAGGGCUGAAGGCACAGCUCAGUGUAUAGAGCCCUUGCUUAUAUACAUGAAGUCCUGGCUUCAAUCCCCAACACCUUAUAAACAGGGAUGGGGGGCUGCCUAUAAGUCUGACACUUAGGAGGUAGAGACAGGAAGAUCAAGAACAUCUUGAACUAUACAGGAAGUUGAAAGCCAAGCUGGACUAGAGACCCUGUGUAAGAGAGAGCUAUGUUAAUAAUAAUUUUUUAUGACCACUGAAUGUAAUUUGAGCCCUUUGUGCUCACUAAACAAGGACCACAUUUAAAUAGUGACAAACAAAAAUAUUUCAAAUGGGGGGGGGAGUGGAAACACUAUAAAAUUGUACGAAUGCCAGUAGACCACCCUCAUCUCAAAAGCAACCGGCCCCGUGCUGGACUGACAUGGAUGUUUUGAAUUCCCAAAGAGCAAAGAGAUUUCCUCCCUUACCUGUGUGUUUUGUAUAAUAUUAGUGUUCUGUAAAUAUUCUUUAUUUGUAUUUCUGUGUCAGCCAGCUUCCCGCUGUUGUAACAAAAUUCCUGACAUAAACAAUUUGAAAGGAAGAAA